AUGCACAGUCUGGCUGUGUGCAUGUGGAUCUUCACCCUCCGCGCCGCCGCUGAGUUCUCCUCCAGGUCCGAGCUGGAGUACGAGUUCGGCGACUACAGGGGCAGAUGGUGCAUCGACGAGCAGGGCUUCGUGUACGCCAUCGGGGAGGUGUACCAGCCCAGCCCUGCUGCAUGCCCCUGCACGUGCACGGAGGACGGACCAGUGUGCUUCCGGCCGAAGUGCCCACGCAUUCACCCCCGGUGCACGCGCGUCCGCUACAGAGCCUGCUGCCCCGUAUGUGAGGCCGUCAGCAAGGUGUGCGUGUACGGAGGAAAGACUUACAGACUGCUGGAGGAGUUUAAGCUGUCUCGAUGUGAGAAGUGCCGCUGUGAGGCUAACAGGGAGGUGUACUGCAGCGUAUCCGGAUGCCCGGCUCUGCACUGCGUGGAUCCCACAUACGAGCCCAACCACUGCUGUCCCGUGUGCAAGAACGGGCCGAACUGCUUUGCUGGAAACCGCAUCAUCCCGGCCGGAGAGCGCGUGGAGAUCGACGAGCGGAUGGUGUGUUACUGCACUUACCGUGACGGCACAUGGCAGACUCAGCCUCAUGCCACCUGUGAGCCACGCCAGCAGCCAGACGAGGAGGACUCGUCCAAGCAGAUGGAGGAGCGUGAGAUGGAAAGAGAGAGAGAGAGGGAGAGAGAGAAGGAGAAAGAGAGAGAGAGGGAGCUGCUGCCCAGGCUGGACGUCAUCCCGUGAAGGCGGGGGCUCUCCGGACAGGCCAGGAGAGAAGCAGGAGGUCAGGCAGGUGUCCGCUGCCUGGGUACACACAACCUGCGCUGGGUCUGACUGCCAGCACUGACCUCUUCCACCCCCUCAGAGCUGAGACACCUGCUGAAGCGAUGCACUAUAUGUCCAGAAAUAUCCAGACACCUGCUUAUCUAACAUUUCUUCCAAAAUAGAGGGUAUUAAAGACCCCCUGCACU